AUGCGAGAGAUGGAUAUCCCACCGCACAUCAUUCGAUGGUCUGCAUCUUUCCUGAAAGGACGUCAAGCCAAAGUACGAGUAAACAGUAAAUCCUCUCCUUUAAUGCUUUUCCACCGUGGCGUGCCACAAGGAACAGUUCUCGGCCCACUUAUGUUCAUUAUAGUAAUGAACGCACUAAGCAAACGACUAUCUCCAGUUCCCUUAUUAUUUCAUGGGUUUUUCGCUGAUGAUCCAACGCUAGCAGUACGACACAUCAGGAAAGACAUCAUCAACAGUACACUGCAACAAGGACUAAACAUAGUGGACGAAUGGUCCACAAAUUAUUUUAUGGACAUUAAUUUGGACAAGACAAAAUACACACUUUUUGGUACCACCAACCCGCAUCCCCUUUCACUGAAACUGCGCGGUAUCCCUGUAGGCCCGGAGAAGGCACCUGAACUCCUAGGCAUCACCUUCCAAAACUACCGAGGCAUGUCUACCCAUGCGGUUAAAACGAGACAACGCAUGAAUUUUCGUUUCGCCUCGGCACAGUGGCCGCGACUUUCCACCCCUUCCCCCGACGCCGUUCGGGGGUUUUCUCCUUUUUUGGGGGAACAAAAAGAUUCCCAACAAAAACACCCAAAAAAAGCUGUCGGGCAAAAAAAAUUCCGAUGCCGGGGAUCGAACCCGGGUCUAGCGGGUGAGAGCCGCUUGUUCUAG